ACACGUGUGGCUUAGUUGGUAGCGUAUGGCGCUUACAACGCCAGAGUUAUGGGUUCGAUUCCCACGGGGGGACCAGUACGGAGAUAUAUGGACUCUAACUAGUGUUAAUUAAAUCGCACUGGAUAAAAGCGUCUGCUAAAUCUUUAUAUAUAUGUUUAUCUUGAGUAAGUAAAAGUGAUUUCAAUUUAGACUACUAGGCGCAUGCGUUCUGAAGAAGCAGCCAGGAAGGGGGACUCCAGUUUGGCAUUCUAGGUACCAACAUCAGUACUGCGUACGAGGGAAGCUAUCGCCCGACUUCAAAUACAUGAUCCUUGGCUAAUCCUCCAGCCUCUUGGGAACGAAGAUAAUAACCCGUGCCGGAAUUAGCUAGACACAAACACGAAAACAAAACAACGUUUAACAUAAAACAAAUUGGCUACUGUCGCUUUUCCUGAUUUUACAGGUUCCUUCCUCUCUCCGGGUUCGUUGAGGAUGAGGUUCCCGACCAUCAGACGGUGUCCUGGGGAAGGAGAUGGGAAGAAGGAACUGGCGCCUCCAUUCAGGAACCCCUUUGUGCAUGACUUGAGAUUCACCCCGUUGGAAAAGGCAAAGAUAGCGUUGAUGACGGUGACUCUGUUCCCCAUCCGGUUGUUCCUGGCAGCCUUCAUGAUGCUGCUGGCCUGGCCCUUCGCCUUCAUCGCCUCUGUGGGACGCAACGAGAUGGUGGUGGAACCCCAGUCUUUAUGGAGGAAGUUUGUGGACGUGGCUCUGAGGACCAUCAUGCGGGUCAUGUGGUUUGCAGGAGGCUUCCAUUGGAUGACGGUGAAGGGGCGCCAGGCGCUACCGGCCGAGGCCCCUAUCCUAACGCUGGGACCCCACUCCUCCUAUUUCGAUGCUAUCCCCGUCACCAUGUCCAUGUCCUCCAUCGUCAUGAAGGCAGAGAGCAAGGACAUCCCUGUCUGGGGCACCCUGAUCAAGUACAUCAGACCAGUGUUUGUCUCCAGGUCAGACCAGGACUCCCGCAAGAAGACUGUUGAGGAGAUCAAACGCAGAGGCCCA